AUGUCUGAACUGGUUUUGGUAAUUCGAUUCAGGUUAGAGGAUCUAAUAAUUAAGGUUGAUUUCUUCAGAGCAGCUUUAGAUGGUGGUUGUGUCGCCUCCCUUGGAAGAAUAUGUGGAUGCUUCAAUCCUUCAAAUACAACACAUUCGAUAGAAUGCUGUGGGGACGAAAUAAUGCAAUUAGAAUUGACUGGAGAAACUAUAAUCUACCAGCGUACAGAUUCAACCUGUAAGCCUUCAAGUGUAACGGUUCCAUGUGUAACCAGUGAAAACAGGUAUCGUUUAGACCAUGAAGACAAAGUAAACAUCUAUAACAACUGUAGUGGACAGAAACGAUGUGAUGUACAUUUACAGACGUUUUCAGAUAUAAAGAUACAGAUUACAGUGACUUGUGAACCAGCUAAUAGACUCUUUUCUAAGAUAGAAACUUACCCUUUACGUUUUACAAAUAAAGUUGCAAUAUUUUACAUCAAUGGCAAGGAUUACAUUGGAAAAGAAAUUACCAAAUAUUGUACUGCCUGGUCUACCAAUGAUGAAAUAUACCUGGAGGUGUUAUACAUAAAUCUUGGUCCUAGAUCUUGUGAAAAAGUAAAGUUGUCAAAUCUUAAAUUGGUCUGUACAGACUCUGGAGUGACAAUGUUUUAUACAGCAAUUGGACUUACUGCCAAUAGGUCGAACAUAGAUGUAGUUUGCCAUGGUAGCAAGAAAGAUGUGACAGAGAGACCGAGUCCUAGUCCUAGUCCUAGUCCUAGUUCUAGUCCUGAAGGGACUUGCAAAGAUGAAGAUGAAACCAACCCCUACAUCAUGUUUGGUAGUAUUUUAGCUGCUGUGAUUGUCAUUAAUAUUGUCUGUAUUGGAGUCUACUGUUACAUCAGAUAUCGUAAAACACCGAAUGAAAUAACUACCAACGUGGCAUAUUCGAACCGGGAGGACUCCAACUAUGAUUAUUCACACAACAAUUACCUUCAUGUAACCGAUAAUCAUGUAAUCGAUUACGAACAACUUCCGGCUUAA